AUGAAAUUAGAAAUUGAUCCGAAAACAACGCAUCAUAAAAUGAUCUUAGAGCAUCCAUCACUCAAAUUUAUCACCAAAAGAUGGUAUCAUGGAUACAGGGCAGAUAUAGAAAUUAGUGGACAUAUAAAUCCACAAAUGGUUGGUUAUGGCUGCAGUCUUUUUGUUGGUGAUAUGACAAUUAGUACAAUAAGUACACACCAUUUUGUACCAUUAAAACGACGUUUAAGCUUAGUGGACGAUAACAUCAUAGAAUCGUCCAAUGAUUUUCUAGCCUGA